CAGCGCCUCCUCAGCACACAGUCAUGUCUGCAUAGACUAGACUCUCCCAGCACGCACACACCCUGCCUGCCUGCCUGCCCGCCUUCCUGCCUUCCUGCCUGUCUGUCUGCCGACCGACCGACAUACCCUCCAGCUCCGAGACUGACGAUGACAGGAGUAUUCGAUCGCAAGGUCCCCAGCAUCCGGACAGACAUCCAGGGCGCUUUUCAGCACAGUAUGCACCACCCGUCCCAGGAGUCUCCCACUCUCCCCGAGUCCACAGCCACGGACACGGGAUACUACAGCUCGGCUGCUUCCCACCACGGCUACUGCUCGCCUUCGACUUACGGCAAAGCUCUGAACCCCUAUCAGUACCAGUACCACGGAGUGAACGGAUCUGCGGCCAAUUACUCUGCCAAGGCUUACCCUGAAUACAGCUACCCUAGCCAUUACCACCAGUACGGCGCUUACAACAGGGCUCAGCCGCCCUGCAGCCAGCCAGAAAAAGAAAUAGCCGAGCCCGAGGUGAGGAUAGUAAACGGCAAACCCAAAAAGGUUCGCAAACCGCGGACCAUCUACUCGAGUUUCCAGCUCGCAGCGCUGCAGAGGCGCUUCCAGAAGACACAGUACCUGGCGUUGCCAGAGAGAGCCGAGCUCGCAGCCUCCCUGGGACUCACCCAGACACAGGUUAAAAUCUGGUUCCAGAACCGAAGAUCGAAGAUUAAGAAGAUCAUAAAGAGCGGAGAGAUUCCUCCAGAGCACAGCCCGAGCUCCAGUGACCCCAUGGCCUGCAACUCUCCCCAAUCCCCUGCUGUUUGGGAAUCUCACAACGUUUCCAGAGGUAUUCACGUUCAUCAGACCCCCAACCACACUCCAUCUACCGCAGCCUACCUAGAAAACGCCAGCUCCUGGUAUUCCAAUCCCAGUUCCAUCAAUUCCCAUCUGCAAUCUACAAGCUCACUACACCAUCCACUCGCUCUGGGAUCCGGGACUAUUUAUUAACUUUUUUUAAAAAAAAUGUUCCUAAAUGGGCUGAAUUGCACCAGCAAGCAGUGGAAAUAUGCAACAAAUGCACAUCUUGUUCAGUGGGGGAAUGAGAAGGCAGAGAGUCUGAUCUUGCAUACACUGUGCGUGCAGCUCAAUACAUUUCAAAGAGAGAAAAGGAUCUUUUUUUCCCCCCCCAAUGGACGUCAGGGCAAACUUGGACACUUGUAAAAAGGUGCCUUUCACUUAUAAGCUACCACCUCCAACUUUGCAGGACUUUUCAGUAACAUGUAUCACUGUACAUACGUGUAGAUAGUGGGAUUAAACUGUAUAUUCUGUUUAAAUAAAAUUAUUGACACUUC